CACGAAAGUCUCUUUUUUUUUCCUCUCUCGCCUCUCCUCUUGUGUCUCUCUCUUGGCGAAUCGGUGUCAAUCUCCUCGAUCUCGUGUUCUCUAUCGACGGAAUCAGUCGUCGUUGAUCUCUUCUGGAUGGAAUCCGCCCCAAUCGGCGUGCCUAUCGCUCUCCCCGAUGACUCCGUGAUCUCUUCUGGUGAUAGCUCCUCAAAGAUGAUCUCUCCUCGACGCGAUCACUCGAAGAUGAUCUCUCCUCGUCUCUCUCUCUCCUCUUGGACUCCCCGAUGAAUCUCUCCGUGACUCUCUGUGUCGAUCUCCUCGAUGAUGAUGAAGCAGACGAAAUCUCUAUCGCCGGGCCAGAGUAAAUGAAAACGAAAGGUAAAUCUGUAUCCUUCUUUGUUAUUUUGAUUAGUUGUUGUGUUGGUAUGUGCCUCAUGAUUUGUCUUUGUCUUUGUUGCUUCAUAUGGAUGGAUCAAAGAAGAUGAGAAGGCCAUAUUGACUGUGAUUCUCGUCUGCAAUAAAGGUAAAAGUCCAGCACUUUUUUGGAAGCUGUCCGAAAAGAUGUCGAGCGUGCUUUUGGAGUCUUGCAAGCUCGGUUUGCCAUCGUUAAAAAUCCAGCACUUUUUUUGGGAUAAAGUCAAAAUUGGAAAGAUUAUGAGAGCAUGUAUCAUACUCCAUAAUAUGAUAGUAGAAGAUGAACGCGAUGGAUACACGCAAUUUCAUCUUUCCGAGUUCCAACAUGCAGAAGACAACGGAAGUUCACAUGUGGAUCUCAACUUUUCUACAGAUAUCCCUUCAAAUGUCGCCAAUAUGAUGGGUGUUCGAACUAGAAUUCGUGAUAGACAAAUGCAUGAACAACUAAAAGCUGAUUUGGUUGAACAUUUGUGGAAUAAAUUUGGACAUGAUGAAGACAACAAUUGAGCUCGGAUGUUUCUUUCAAAUUAUUGUCGAUUAUUGUACUAAUCUUUGUUCUUAUGUUUUAAUAAUAAAAUUUAUAUUCUAAAUGUUAUGAUUAAAUAUGUUUUAUAUAAUAAAUAGAUUUAAUCUUAUAUAAAAUAAUGUUAAAUAAAUUUUUUUAAGCAACCCAUAAUAAGCAACUUGCAUUGGAGGUUAAAAUAUAAGAAGUUGCUUAAAGAGGUACUUAACACUCAUUUAGUACUAAAAAAUGUAUAAGCACCCCAAUAGAGUUGUUAGACCAUGUUUAUCAAGGUCCCUUAAGUGUCCCUUAAGUGGGUUUGUUAGAAUAUUUGGGCUUUUAAAAAUAAGAAGAAAGGAGAUUAAAGGAAGGGGCGUAGCUUAAUUAGGAGCGUGAAGGGGCGUCCCUUAUGCGCCACGUGUCGUGUUAUGAAUGGUGGUCGAGCGGUGUCGGGGUUUCGAGAAAGAAGUUUCAUUUUUGCUUCUCUCUUUCUUUGCGUCUUCUCUCCUUUCCUAAACAAAAGGCGAUGGCGAUUCUGUCAUCUCGGGGCCUCUUGUCGGCGAAAUGGCGACGAUUCUAUCGGUGGGUGUCGGCGACGAAGGGAAUAGAGACGUUUCCAUCGGUGGCUGUCAUCGACCAAGGAAGACGCCGACCUCUCGCUCUAUUGGUGGCUCUCUGAGACGGGUAUCAACGGCGUCGCUUGCGGAUGAGGUGAAUCGAAAAGGUGGAUUGAUGAAGAGGCAUGAGCCAGGUUGAUUCUUUCCUUCUUCAUCGUCAAUUUCAAAAUACAUAUCCUCUGUUUUAUUUUUGAUUUAGACAUCACACAAGUUCGUGGCUUCAUUAUGUACUAGUGAUUGAGGUUUGAUUAUUUUGCUGGAAUGUGAUUAGGUAUAAGAUUGAGGAAGUGUAGAUUGUGAAUCAAAAUACAUUGUGGACCGGUUUAAACAGUUUUGAUGUUUGUGUAGAGUUUAGUCGAAGAGUUUCUUUACAUUUUUUUGAAGUUUGAAAUGAAAGUGUGAUCAAUGUGUGAAUUAAAUCGUGGGUUAGUGUUAGGUAAAUGUAAAUGUAAAUGUAAUGAAUUAAAUCCUCUGUCUUUAGUCUGGUAGUUGACGAGUUUACUCUUCUUUGAAAGCGUUUCAGAGAGUCAUUUGUUUUUUGUGUUUGUGUGGCUGCAGGAUUGAUCAAGAGACGUGAAGUGGGCACAAUGUAGUCUCUUUGUCAGACCAAAAACGCCACCAUCGUAAAGGUUCACGGGUCUUUGGAGUCUAAAUCAAAAGAAAGAGUUCAGUGCUGUAAAGAAAAAGACAGAGGUCACGGGUGUAAAGCAAAAGACAGAGGUCUUUGGAGUUUUGUACUUUUUCUUUGGAGUCUUUUAGAAUCACCUUCACGGGUCUUUGGAGUCUUUUAGCAUCACGGGUGUUAGAGGAAAAGACAGAGGUCACGGGUGUUUUUGUAUAGUGUUCGAGUGUUGAUGUUGUUAUAUAUUCGUAAGUGUUGAUGUUGUUAUAUAUUCAUAACAUAAGCCAUUUCUCUAUCUAUACUCUCUCAAGCCAUCUCUCUAUCUAAUACUCUCACAAGCCAUCUCUCUAUCUCUACUCUCACACUAUUUCUCAUUCUUCUCUAUAUUCAAAAAUUUCCAUUUCGUAAACCAAACGUCUAAUGGCUUCUUCUUCUCAUCAUAAUUUGGAUGGGUCCUUUGAUGAAAUUUUCUAUCAAACAUUUGAUCAAUAUUUUGAUCAAACUUUCGAUGAAACAUUUGACAAUAUGUGCAAUAUUUAUGGUGAUCAAGAAGAUGAAACGAGGAAAAAAAAAAAACGCGUUUUCAUCGAACGCAAUCGGGAAGAAGGUCAUCUCCGGUUAUGGAAUGAUUAUUUCAGUGACACUCCCACAUAUCCCGAAAAUUUAUUCAGACGACGAUUUCGAAUGAACAAGGCGUUAUUCAUGCGUAUUGUUGAUCGCCUCUCCAAUGAAGUUCGAUUCUUUCGUCAAAAGCAAGACGUUACCGGAAGACUUGGUCUAUCUGCACUUCAAAAGUGUACAGCAGCUAUUCGUGUGUUGGCAUAUGGUUCUGCGCUUGAUGCGGUCGACGAAUACCUCCGGCUCGGUGCAACCACUGCUCGCUUAUGUGUAGAAAACUUUGUGGACGCAAUAAUAAAUUUGUUCGGUGUUGAGUACCUAAGGAGACCAACCCCGGCUGAUCUUCAGCGUCUGCUUCAUAUUGGAGAGGUUCGUGGAUUUCCCGGGAUGAUAGGAAGCAUCGAUUGUAUGCAUUGGGAGUGGAAGAAUUGUCCCACUGCAUGGAAAGGCCAAUAUUCUCGGGGUUCGGGAAAACCCACAAUCGUUUUAGAGGCGGUUGCUUCAUAUGACCUCUGGAUAUGGCAUGCGUUUUUUGGACCUCCAGGUACUUUAAAUGAUAUUAAUGUUCUUGAUCGCUCCCCGGUUUUUGAUGACAUAAUAAAUGGUCAUGCCCCGCAAGUGCAUUUCUCGGUCAACGGAAGAGAGUACCAUUUGGCUUACUAUCUCACCGAUGGUAUUUAUCCAAAAUGGCAACUUUUAUCCAAUCUAUUUCAAUUCCACAAGGGCCGAAAGCAGUUUUAUUUGCGCAAAAUCAAGAAGCUGUCCGAAAAGAUGUUGAGCGGGCUUUCGGAGUUUUGCAAGCUCGAUUUGCCAUUGUUAAAAAUCCGGCACUUUGUUGGGAUAAAGUUAAGAUUGGAAAGAUUAUGAGAGCGUGCAUCAUACUCCAUAAUAUGAUAGUAGAAAAUGAACGAGAUACCUUCUCUCAUUUUGAUGUCUCGGGUUAUCAACAAGGAGAAGGGAACGGAAGUUCACAUGUUGAUAUGACCUAUUCUACAGAUAUCCCUACUAAUAUCGCCAACCAGAUGGGUGUUCGAACGAGAAUUCGUGAUAGACAAGCGCAUGAACAACUAAAAGGUGAUUUGGUUGAACAUAUAUGGCGUAAAUUCGGAAGUGAUCAAGACAACAACUGAGAUUCGAUGCCGCUUUGAAAUUAUUAUCUUUUAUUUAUGUAUUAUUUGUUUUUAUGUUUUUAUGUUUUUUUUAAAUCUAUGUUUAAAAUGUUAUGUUUGACUUUGUUUUAAUUAAUAAAUAAAUUUAAUCUUUGUUUUGAAUUUUAUAUUAAAAAAUAAUUUUAGUCUUUUUAAAUUGUUAAGAACCUUAAUUAAGAUACCACCAAUAAACCCCAAUAAUUAACUGUCUCUUAGCAAAAUCUCUUACCAUAAUUUUAAUAAUAUAAUAAUCAUUACAACCCACUUAAGAUACCUUAAUGGGUUUCACUAAUGAACAUGCUCUUAGGGAUAAUGGUGCUCUAAGAACUUACUGGGUCUCUUCAAAAUACAUUCUAUUUAUGUCUAGAAGAAGCUGAUUACAAAACUACCCUUACCAGUCAACGUGAAUCAGUUGAAUCUAACGGAUAAUUCUAUUUCUAGUGGCUAAACAUAGAAUCUAUAAUGGUCAAUGUCAAAUGCACGGACGGCUAUUGACCGCACGUCUUCUUAAAGCGUGAGAUCCGUGGUGAGGGUAAACAUACGAGGUAGAAAAAGUCCAAGAGAGACAAGACAAAAAAAACUUCCGGAAGCGAGCGAGAAUCUGUCGUGCCAUAGGAAGCAAGGUCGAGCUAUAAUAUUGGUCAAACCUGAAAGAGAAUAUAAUCACCUCAAGAUGACAAAGGGACGUGUACAAUGGGAUGAAGCUAAUAUAGUGGAAAUUGAAUCCAACAAACCUGUUAGGCAGAAGAUUACUGAACCAAAGACACCCUAUCACCCACCGUACCCCAUGAUUGAUGAUGAUGGUGGUUUGUCCAUUGCUCUAUUUUCAGUUUUUUUUAAUGCCUACAUAUAUGUUUUAUUUGCCGCAGGCGUCCUGUUUUAAUUGUUAUCAGCCUAGUUGGAAGUGUGACUUGAACUAGUUUUUUUUUUCCUUUUCUUUAUGGUUGAUUUUUUUUCAGGUUCUCUGUGUUCUAGAGUAAGAUCGUUUGACAACUUUGUUGAAAUGCAUCGUGCUGAAGAACUAAAGAAUGAUCUGAACGAUUUAGCUUCUUCAAGUAAAAUUAUUAGCCACAUAUCUGAUUCUGGUGACUGGACCCCGUCAGAGGAUGAAGCAGAACCAAUAGAUCAAAAUGAAGAAGAUCCUGAGGGAGAGAAAAACACAAGUUUCAAUGAACAUAGACGGGUGCACUAUGACGAGUUUCGAAUGGUAAAGGAGAUGAGAUCCUCUGGUGGUUCUUUCUAUGGUGAAGACGCAGAAGGAGACGAUAGUGCCAAAACAGGUAAACCAGAGGCAACAAUCUCACAGAACACUCCAGGUGCUGCGGAUGCGAUAUCUUCAGGGAAGUCAUCUUCGUCUUCUACUUGAUGAACACAUUGUUACACUAUGGUGUUAUUUCUGGAUUAUACAUAUGUAGAACUUUAUAUUUAUAAGAAAUUAAGAACAUCUUGUUUGCAUUUUAAUUGCACCCCAAAAAAAUGAAAAAAAACAUUGACACCAAUUUAACCUCCUCAAAGGAGACCAUAUUCUAUUUUGAAAACUCACACGAUUCGAAGAAGAGAGACAUAGUUGUUAUGGGCUCUUCAUUUUUGAAUCUUGGUCGUUUCUUCUAUGGAGGCUUCAUCGAUCAAGAUAUCCCAUUAGCCUUAACACUUUUGUUGCUGAGUAAAUCAAACAUUGUUUUCUGGUUCACUGGAAACCAAACAGAGGUAGCUGCACUCAACACAAUCCCGGUAGGCUCACCACGCACAUAACACAUAACACAUUUACGUUAUUUCGGGACAUCAGUCUCAUGUUUUGUCCCUCGUUCUCUACAUGAGUUCUCUUACAUAUGCGUAAAGAGUCGAAUACCUAAGUAAUUGCUUUGAGUCAUACGCUCUGCUAUUUCAGCUGCAAUGAAUACUAUUGAUAGUAACCAUUUAUAUUUCCACAGUACAAGAUUAUGAUAGAUCAUCAAACCACUUAUAGCCUCACAAUCAUAAAGAACAUUUUAUAAAAGGACUAAAUUUUAAAUUAACGAAAACAUAUUUACUAAUACAAUUGUAUUCUAGUGCAUGGAUUACAGAAUAAGAAAAUUAUUAACAUAUAACAUAAGAUUUAAUGGUUUUCUGUCAGAAAUUAUCAAAUUUUAAGAAUAUUUUUUUGACAUUAAACAUUUAUUAAAUUUUAAUCUCUCAUCCAUGUUGUUACCACUGUACUGACUGACAUCUACGGUCUGGAAUCGCACGCACUAGAAAAGAUUUCGUAAAGCCACGUAGGAUCAAAGAUUGAUACAAUACUUCGUGUCAAGGGGCCCACUCGUAGCAGAAGAUCUUCUAUAACAAAUACUUGACCACCACGUGUCAGUAUCCUUUGACCCACAAGGUCGGUGAUACAAAUUGGUUAUUUCCGGUCCGGUUCAACUAUUAAUCAAAUUAAAAUCAAAAGAUCAUUUUAAAGUUUGAAAAAAAAGGUGCGAACUUGGAGUUUCUUGGUUUUGGGAACUGGGAUUGGUGCGAGUGCGAGUCCGAGUCGGAGUCGGAGUCGGAGUCUACGUGAUCGAAAGUUUGUAGGUUUUGAUUACAGUUCGAUUUUGAAAGUUUGUUCCUUUAGGUAAGUUCACCAUCCUUUUGAGAUGCUCGUUGAUGCUGAUGAAGCUACGUCAAGUUUGCUCCUUUCCGUCUUCUUUAACCGUUUCUUGAUGGGUGAUUACUGAUUAGAAGAGUGCUUAGGAGGAUCCAUUUGGUUUUGUGAUUGGCUAAGAUGAUUCUGUUUGUUAGUUCCGAUGGGGGAAAACAAUUAUUACCAUGUGGAUAAGAAGAAGAAGCCCAAGUUAGAAGAAGUUGAGCAAGACGACAUGCUGCACUACAAUCAGUAUCAGGACCCACCCACGGGGGGACAAGAUCUGCAGUUGCAAGCUUGGAGGAGGCAACAGAACCAGUUUCUUCAAUCUCAGAGACCCCACCAUCUUCCACAACAGCAGUACAUCCAGCACCAGGGCCCCACCGUAAGGAAUCCGCAGUUGCAAGCUUUGCUUCACCGGUACAGGCUGAGGCAACACCAGCAGACGCUUCAACUCCAACUUCAGCAACAGCAGCAGCUGAGACGGCUACUACUGCAACAACAGAUCCCUCCUAAUGUAUGUCCUUUUGGAGGUGGUAUGUGCGCUCAUCGGAAAUUUAUGAUGUUCUUGCAUCACAUAAAGCAACGACCUGAGGAUAAUUGCAUUACCUUUUGGAGGGCAUUCGUGGCUGAAUACUUCUCACCUCGUGCAAAGCAAAGGUUGUGCUUUUCACAGUACAAAGGUGCUGACCACAUGCUUGGCACCUUACCACAGGGUAUGUGGCAGUGUAAUCACUGCGGCACCAAGUCUGGAAAAGGAGUUGAGGCAACUUUCGAUGUGCUUCCCAGACUAUUUGAAAUCAAAUUUGCUAGUGGCUUCGUUAACGAGCUCUUAUCUCUGGAAGAUCCACGAGAAUGCAGAGUUUCCAGUGGACUGAUUGUAUUAAAAUAUAGAAAACUAGUUCAGACAAUUGAAUAUGAGCAGUGUCGUGUUGUUCAUGAGGGCCCUUUUCUGAUCAUAUUCUCUCAAGAUUUAAAGAUCCUGCGUUGGGAGUUUUGUGUUCAGCGUCAUGAAGAGUUUCUUCCCCGCAGACGUAUUGCUCCCAAGGUGAACCAGUUGCUUCAGGUUGUUGCUCAGCAGGAUUUACAAACAAACAGUAACAUGGUCUUGGCGGCAAGAAGGCAGCUGGCAAAUUCCAUGGAAUUACAGCCUCUGAAUGAUCUUGGCUAUCCAAAAAAAUAUUUCAGAGCUCUACAGACAUAUGAAGUUGUCAAGAGCAUGAAGGCUCUGAUGGAUUUCACAGAGAACCACAAAAUUGGCCCUAUCGAGGGGUGGAAACGACUUUCGGAACAGAAAGAGAGAAUGAGGCUCCAGAGACAGAAAAUGCAAGAGAUGGAGCACUUAUGGAAUAGUGGAGCUAUGAAUAGGUCAGCUCAAGCUCAGAUGGACGGCCUAACUGGCUACAACAAUCACCAUCAUAGCUCAGCUCAAGCCGCUGCUGCUCUGACCAACAACCAAAGCAUGCUUAUGAGGCUAAAUGCUGUGAAUAACCAAUACUCAGAUACGAGCAUACAAGAGGGGUUCUCGUCGAGUCAGCAUCCAACCCCAAACUCAAACCAGGGUCAUCAGAGGCAGAACUUAGCAACAGGUGGAUUUCUCAGCUCUCCCCAGAUGCAACAGCAGCAGCAGCGCACUCUCAACACGUUUCAGCAGACACAUUUUCCAGAAGAUGCCACAGAAAUACCUGUCGAAUUCUCAGACGACAACUUCAACGACAGUGAUAAGCAGGGUAGCUUGUAGAACAGAACAGAGGCGUUGCUACUUUGACUUUAACAAAGUGAAAGGAGGUUUUAGGCUUUAUUCUUCUCAUUUAGGUUGGUUUGUUGGUCUUUGUAUAGAAACCAAAAGGGUUAUGAGACCAGUGAAGGAAGUUGUAACCUACAUAUAGGCACUUUAUCUUCAUUCUUUCCCCUUCUAGUGACACUGAUGUAAUCUCAAACUACACCACUUGUGUAUAUAUAUUCAUCAGUCAAAGGGGUUUUAAGCUUCUAACACAGACAAAGUGCUUCAUGACCAGUUUAAAUAAGAGACGCAUAGUAUUACUUUUGAAUAGAAUAUUUAGAAUAUCAAUUAGGUAAGAAAACGUAUGUUUUUUUAUUUAUUAAUUUUUAUUAUUAUUAAAAUAAAAAAAUACACAGAUAUAUAUAUAUAUGUUUUUUUUUCUUUUUUUACUGUAGUACAGUUCUAUUUGGAACAGCACAUGCUGUGCUCUACCAAAAAUUAAAAAAAAAAUUCAAUGUAUUCAAUGAAAAAUUUCAAUACAAAAAUUUGUUGAGAAUUACUCCUCAAAAGCAUCCCUAGAGAGAUAAAAUACUCCAUUAUAGAACUAUACAAGGUAACGUAUGUUCUGAUUCUGAGAUUUACAUAUACUCAUUAUUAGUGUUAUAAUUCAAAUGGAAGAAUAUUUCUUUUUAAUUGAAAAAACUCAAUAUAGAUUAGUUAUAAAUCUAUUUCUAAUGAUUUUUUUAUCUUAUAUUAUUAGAAAUAAAAAAUGUAAAUUUAAAUU